CGUAAAGUGUCCUGCAUGAUACUUCUGCACAACCUACUGUCUGUUCUGAGCAGUAUAUCAAUGUCUCGUAUCGUUAAGGCAAUGUCGAAGUUUCGUCUGGCCGUGGUGCAGUUGCAUGUGUCAAAGAUUAAAGCUGACAACUUAGGAAGAGCACAAACACUUGUGAAGGAGGCUGCAGGACAAGAUGCAAAAGUUGUUGUUUUACCGGAGUGCUUCAACUCGCCUUAUGGAACAGGGUUUUUUAAAGAGUAUGCUGAGAAGAUCCCUGGAGAGUCCACGCAGGUGUUGUCAGAGACCGCCAAAGAGUGUGGGAUCUAUUUAGUUGGUGGUUCCAUUCCAGAGGAGGAUGGAGGGAAGCUCUAUAAUACCUGCUCAGUUUUUGGACCUGAUGGAAAGCUGCUUGUCAAACACAGGAAAAUUCAUCUCUUCGAUAUCGACGUACCAGGAAAAAUACGAUUUCAGGAGUCUGAAACACUAAGUCCUGGAAAAAGUUUAUCUAUGUUUGAGACCCCAUUUUGUAAAGUAGGUGUGGGAAUUUGUUAUGACAUCCGGUUUGCAGAGCUUGCACAGAUCUAUGCUAAGAAAGGUUGCCAGCUUUUGGUAUAUCCUGGUGCUUUCAAUAUGACCACAGGUCCUGCUCACUGGGAGCUGCUGCAGAGGGGGAGGGCAGUAGAUAAUCAGGUCUACGUGGCCACUGCUUCACCUGCAAGAGAUGAGACCGCCAGCUAUGUGGCUUGGGGUCACAGUUCUGUGAUAAACCCUUGGGGGGAAGUAAUUAGUAAAGCAGGAUCAGAGGAAUCUGUUGUUUAUGCUGACAUAGACCUGCAGUAUUUGGCUGAUGUGCGUCAGCAGAUUCCCAUCACCAAACAGCGACGGAAUGAUCUAUAUAGUGUUAACAGUGUUCAGGAGGGCUGAACACUCGAAAAGACGAGGCACUGCAGUGAACAUUAAGUCUUGAUUCAGGGCAGACUUAGUCAGCAUUUUGUGUUGGACACAAGCUCUAAUGUAGGGAAUCACACAACUAAGAUUUUAUAAUUACUGUGUACAACCAAGUGCUGCAAUCUAGCUGAUUUUCUUGCUGAUGGGAAUUCAAUUUGGGAUAUAUAAAAGAGGUCAUUAUAUUUUAUAUACUUUCAUUAUUACUAUAACAUCUUAAUAUAGUGGUGCAAAACAUUGGACGUGAUAUUUUUGAGCUGGUGUAUUGCUCCAUCAUUAUGAGAGUAAUAUAAAGCAUGGUGUUUUCAAAUCAGAA